AGCGCCUGCGCACGCAAAGGCUUCACGCUUCAACUUACGCCCAGAAUGGUCGUCAAAGUCACCUCCAUCUGCUGCAUCGGCGCCGGCUACGUCGGCGGCCCGACGAUGGCGAUGAUCGCGCUCAAGUGCCCGCACAUCAAAGUCACCGUGGUGGACAUCUCGCAGCCGCGCAUCGACGCGUGGAACAGCGACGAGCUCCCCAUCUACGAGCCCGGGCUCGACGAGAUCGUGAAGCAGUGCCGCGGGAAGAACUUAUUCUUCACCACGGACGUAGAGGGCGCGAUCGCGGAGAGCGAGAUGAUCUUCGUCUCCGUGAACACGCCGACGAAGAAGACGGGCCUCGGGAAGGGCAAGGCGGCGGAUCUCACGUACUGGGAGUCCGCCGCGCGCACGAUCGCGGCGGUCAGCAAGACGAACAAGAUCAUCGUCGAGAAGUCCACCGUGCCGGUGCGGACCGCGGAGGCGAUCGAGAAGGUUUUGCAGCGGAACUGCAACACGAGCGGCGUGCGAUUCGAUAUCUUGUCCAACCCCGAGUUUCUCGCGGAGGGCACGGCGAUGGACGACCUCACCGCGCCCGAUCGCGUCUUGAUCGGCGGGAAGAUCGAGGGGCAGGAGGGCACGGACGCGGUCGCGUCCCUCGUCGAGGUGUACGCGAACUGGGUCCCACAGGAGAGGAUCAUCACCGCGAACUUGUGGUCCGCGGAGCUCUCGAAGCUCGCCGCGAACGCGUUUCUCGCGCAAAGAAUCUCCUCCAUCAACUCCAUGUCCGCGCUGUGCGAGGCCACGGGCGCGGACGUGUCCCAGGUUGCGUACGCGCUCGGGAAGGACUCGAGGAUCGGCCCGAAGUUCUUGAACGCGUCCGUCGGGUUCGGCGGGUCGUGCUUCCAGAAGGACAUCCUCAACCUCGCGUACAUCUGCGAGUGCCACGGCCUCACGGAAGUCGCGGACUACUGGUACUCCGUCGUCGGCAUGAACGACUACCAGAAGAACCGGUUCGUGAAGCGCGUCGUGAGCGCGAUGUUCAACACGAUCCGGAACAAGAAGAUCUGCAUGCUCGGGUUCGCGUUCAAGAAGGACACCGGGGACACGCGCGAGGCGCCGGCGAUCGACGUCGGGAACGGCCUCAUCGAAGACGGCGCGCGGCUCGCGAUUUACGACCCGAAAGUGUCGGACGCGCAGAUCGCGAUGGACAUGGGCGCUGGAAUGAGCAACAUCACGACGUACAAGUCUCACAUCGAAGCGCUCAGGGACGCGCACGCGGUGUGCGUGAUGACCGAGUGGGACGAGUUUAAGUCGUACGACUGGGGAGAAAUUUACGGCGUCAUGCAGAAGCCCGCCUUCGUCUUCGACGGCCGUCUGAUCCUCGACCACGAUAAACUCCGGGAGAUUGGUUUUAUCGUGUACGCGCUCGGGAAGCCGAUCGAGCCGUUCCUUCGGUCCGCGGAGGGCAACUAAGCCGAGGAGGAAACGAAGCGAAGCGGCGGAGAGGGUGAAAGACGACCGCGCGACGGCGGCGACGCGCGCGAUCGGGGGCGGGAAAGGAUCUCAUAGACACGCGUUGAAUACACUAAAUAUUCACUCAUC